GCAGAAUAGUUUAGAAUAAUAGAAUGGGAGACACGGAAACAGCGCCCACGUUCCCCUCAUAUCAUAUCUUAACUUAGUUUCUUUAUGAUUCUCUCUUUCUAUGUCUUUUUCAUCCUCUCUUAUCAUAAUAAUCCAAAAUAAAUAAAUAUAUAAAUUCAUUCCUCUAGUCUCAAUUCUUGUGAGAAACCUCCAUAAAUACUCUCUUAUUUCUUCACUUUUUUAGCUACUAUAUACUUUUAUUACACUCAACUAUAUAGUACUCAUCUUCUCUUGCUACAAGUUUUUCUAUGAUCAUGGGAUAUCAAAAGCCUGCAUGGUUGGAAGCUCUUUAUACAGAAAAGUUCUUUGUUGGUUGUUCUUACCAUGAGAAUGCAAAAAAGAAUGAGAAGAAUGUUUGUUGUUUAGAUUGUUGCACAAGUAUUUGUCCUCAUUGUUUUCCAUCUCAUCGCUAUCACCGCCUUCUUCAAAUUCGUCGAUAUGUUUAUCAUGAUGUUGUUAGAUUGGAAGAUCUUGAAAAACUUAUUGAUUGCACCAAUGUUCAGGCCUAUACUAUCAAUAGUGCCAAAGUGGUGUUCAUCAAGAAGAGACCUCAAAACCGGCAAUUCAAAGGAUCAGGAAACUAUUGCACAUCAUGUGAUAGAACCCUUCAAGAACCUUUUAUCCAUUGUUCUCUUGGAUGCAAGGUGGAUUUUGUGCUGAAACACUACAAGGACCUUUCACCUUACUUAAGGAUAUGCAACAUCCUACAAUUAAGCCCUGAUUAUCUGAUUCCACAAGAAAUGGGGGAUGAAUUAGAGAUAACAAGAUCAACAAUUGUGGAUUGUGAUGAAGCAAUGAGUUCAUAUUCAGGAUCAUCAUCAGGAUCAGAGAAUAUGAGCAUGAUGGCAUGCACAGAAAUUGUUAGGAAAAGAAGAAGUGGAUGGACAAGUAUGUGUGCAAAAUUCAUGGCCGAUAAUAAUAAUAAUAGCAAUAAAGUUUCUGAUGAAGACAUGGCUACAAUUUUGAUUAGUAGAAGAAAAGGAAUCCCUCAUAGAUCUCCUCUAUGUUAGUGUUAAUUUAGCUACCUUAAUGAUCAAUAAAAUUAAUCAAGCUAAGUAGCCACAAACAAAGAGUUAAAAAAAAAAAAAACAAUUUACUAUUUCAAUAUUUAAUUUUAUUUUUUUAAUUACUCCUAAGCUAUGACAUGAUGUUUUGACUGAAGUGAAUUGUUCAAAGUUCUUUCUCUAUCUCGAAAUUGAAGUUUUUUUUUGUUUAAUUAAUCACUUGGUCGGGGUUUUUGUCUUAAUG